AUGUCGAACUUUGCAGAUAUGUUUUUGGGGGUGAUCAACGGCGCAGUGGAACUGUCUAAAGAUGCACCUCCAUAUAUACUCUUCUCAUUAUUAUUUACCACAUUGAUAGCUACAGGAGGCUUCCUGUACGGCCUGAUAUUCCUCCUCGCGCCAACCCCGCGAGCUCCUCAUCCUUCCGAGAAGACAUACAUCACUUCAACACCCUCGGGCGAUGUGACCCCUCCAAAACCACUUCCCUGUUGGCACGAUGACUGGCUGGCACAUAGACACGAAGCAGCGACUACAAAAGAGAAGGACAAUGUGAAGCAUACGGGAGCCAUUGAGGGAGCGGAGGUUAUGAUGAGUGUGGUUGUGCCAGCUUACAAUGAGGAGGAGAGAAUGGAGAUUAUGCUCGAAGAAGCUGUAGCUUUUCUGGACGAGGAGUACGGACGAACACCAAGCAAAGAUCAAAAGGCAAAUGGAAGCGCUGGAAAAGAUAGUACGAAAGGAGUGGGCGGCUACGAAAUUCUAAUUGUAAACGACGGAAGCAAGGACAAAACCGUUGACGUUGCGCUCUCAUUUGCAAAGCGCAACAAUCUACACGAUAUCCUUCGUGUUUGCACCCUCAAAGAGAAUCGAGGGAAAGGAGGAGCCGUCACCCAUGGAUUCAGACACGUCCGGGGAGCUUACGCCGUAUUCGCCGACGCAGACGGCGCCAGUAAAUUCUCAGAUCUCCGGAAACUCGUAAAAGGCUGUCAAGAAGUCCAAGACUCACCGGGCAGAGGUAUCGCCGUAGGAAGUAGAGCACACAUGGUGGGCACAGAAGCCGUAGUAAAACGCUCAGCCCUCAGAAACGCACUCAUGCACUCCUUCCAUCUUCUCCUUCGUCUCCUCACACCCCCCGCAACCUCCCGCAUCCGGGACACGCAAUGCGGAUUCAAACUCUUCUCGCGUCCGGCGUUACCGCAUAUCAUACCGUACAUGCACGUCGAAGGCUGGAUCUUUGACGUGGAGAUGUUGAUGUUGGCGGAGAGUGCGCCGGAUGGGAUUCGCGUUGCGGAGGUGCCGGUUGGGUGGCAGGAGGUUGGGGGGAGCAAGUUGAAUGUUGUGUGGGAUAGCUUGAGUAUGGCGUGGGGAUUGGCGAUUUUGAGGGCGAGUUGGAUUGUGGGGGUUUAUAGGAGGAGGUGA